AUGAACAGCCUUACACCCAACUCCCUCUCCUCCGAGGAGAGGGGGCGUCUUCUCGAUGUAUCCGAUUCCGAAUCCGACCGCGAUAAUGCCCUCAACCUGGCCGCCCAAAACACAUCCGUGCCAAAAUUGGCCGGUAUUCUAUCACCACUAGACUCCGUUCGAUCCGCCCCUUGGAGAGUUCUUACCCUCCGCUUCGCCUGGUUCCUCGUUCCGAGCUUUCUCCAGGGUCGUAGCAUGCGUGAGAAGAUCCGCCCAGCCAAGCUAGGCCCCACGGCCUACCUCGACGGCAUGAGGGGCAUAGCGGCACUUUUCGUCUAUUUCUGCCACUACCUAUACCAGUGCUAUCGAAUUGGCUUUUCCUGGGGCUUUGAAGGGAACUACAACUUUAUGCGAUUUCCCUUUAUACGCCUAUAUUGUGCGGGACCGGCUGCCGUCUGCGUCUUCUUCGUCAUCUCAGGAUAUGCUCUCUCCUACCGGCCGAUCAAAUACAUCCGGAGCCACAAUUUGGCCGAUUUCUCUACAGGUCUGAGCUCUAUGGCCUUCAGACGCGCUAUUCGGCUUUUUCUUCCGACUAGUAUUUCUACCUUUAUGGUAGUUUGUCUUGUUCGCAUGGGUGUCUUUGAAUGGACUCGCGAGUUUGCUACGCAGGAUACCUAUCUAAAAGAAUCUCGUGAACCUCAUCCCAAGCUACUUCCAACUGCGUACGAGCAGUGGGUUCAGUGGGGCAAUAUUAUUUUUGGUGGAUUUAAAGUCUUUAGUUGGGACUUCUAUGAGGGAUUCCACGCCCUCGAUCCUCAUUUAUGGACUAUUCCUGUCGAAUUUCGAUGCUCCCUUUACCUCUUUCUUACGCUUUUAGCAACCGCUCGUCUGCAGACUAAAUACCGAUUCCUCACCCUUGCAGUCAUUGCCUUUUUUACCUACGCAAACUCUCGAUGGGACUUCCUUCUAUUCCUUUCUGGAAUGGCUCUAGUCGAAUGGGAUUAUAUCCGUGGCGCUCACAUCUCGGGUCCGGCUCUGCCAUUCGGAGAGAAGGAAGCCAAGACUCCUUCACCAACAGCUUCGAUUAAGCUGAUCUUCUGGAAUCUUGUUGCCAUCCUAGGCUUAUACCUUCUGAGCAGUCCUGACCAUGGAGGCUUGGAAACCCCUGGCUGGGUCUAUCUCUGGUCGCUGAUCCCAAAGUGGUGGGCAACUGAGCAGUAUCGGUAUUGGCAAGCUACUGGCUCAGUUGUUUUCGUUCUCGCUGUCGGCCAUUUGGCAUGGUGGCAGCGAGUCUUUAACUCUCGUGUGGCUCAGUAUUUUGGGAAGAUUUCAUAUUCCCUGUAUCUAAUGCACGGCCCAAUGAACAAAGUGAUUGGAUAUCACUGGCAGAAGAUGGUUUGGGACAUAACGGGCGUUGAGGGCAACGCCUAUACUGUCGGGUUUAUUUUGGGCGCCUUCUUUUGCAUCCCCAGCGUUAUUUGGGCCGCUGAUGUUUUCUGGCGGGCUGUGGAUAUUCCAACAGUCAAGUUUGCGAGAUGGUUUGAGAACAAGCUCAUCAAGGUCGACUAG